AUGCAGCCGCCGCUGCCCGCGCCUGCGGCGCCAGGGCGGCCGCACAAGCGGAAGGGCGACGAGUUUGCCGCCGCCGCCGCCGACGGCAGCAGCGGUGUGCUGACGGGCCCCGGCAGCGCGCCCUCCGCCGCCGCCGCCUCGAGCGCGCCGCCGCGGGCGUCGGCGCGGGCGUCGGCGCGGCGGGACGCGGGGUGCGGCAGCAGCGGGGCGCCGCCGCGGGCGGAGGCGCAGACGUGGCUGAUCCUCGAGUUUUGUGACGGAGGCAAUCUGGCGGACGCGGUGCGCGGCGGCCUGCUGCUGCGCUGCCAUGAAGACGACGACUCGGAAGACGAGCAGGCGGACGGGGAGGGCAGGGAGGAGGGCGAGGGCGCCGGAAGUUUGGGGGACGGCGGCCGCGGCGGCGGCGGCGGAGAUGCGGCGGAGGAGGAGGAGGGCGGGGAGGCGCCGAUCGACCUGCCGCGGGCGCUGCAGCUGCUGCUGGACGUGGCGAGGGGGAUGGCGUACCUUCACGAGCGGAACGUCGUGCACGCUGACCUCAAAUGCCAGAACGUGCUGCUCGCCAGCUCGCCAGAGGCGCCCUGGGGCUGCGUCGCAAAAAUAUCAGACUUUGCGGCCCUCCUCAACCCCCGUCAUCCUCGCACCCACGCACCCAUCCACCCACCCACCCACCCACCCAUCCACCCAUCCACCCACUGA